AUGCGCAGACGUUACUUCGAAGAGUUGGGAAUUAGGACUACAAAGUCAGUGUCAUCUAUUCAACAACCUCCCAAAUUGGAGCUCAAGCAACUGCCACCACACCUUCGAUAUGCUUACCUGGGGAAAUCUUCUACACUACCAGUUAUUAUUUCAAGUACUGUCAGUAAGGUGGAGGAAGAGAAACUACUUCGGGUACUAAGGGAGAAUAAAACAGUCAUUGAAUGGUCGAUUGCAGAUAUCAAGGGGAUCAACUCGUCGCUAUGCAUGCACAAAAUAUUCAUGGAGGAAAAAUUUAAACCAAACAUUGAUGAUAGUGCAUGGAUCAGUGCAGUACAAGUUGGUCCCAAGAAAGGGGGUAUCACAGUGAUAGAAAACGAGAAAAAUGAGUUGAUUCCUACACGGAUAGUGACUGGAUGGAAAGUUUGCAUCGAUUAUUGCAAGCUAAAUGCUGCUACUAGAAAGGAUCACUUUUCACUACCGUUCAUUGAUCAGAUACUGGAGAGACUAGUAGGGCAUUCGCAUUGCUGUUUUAUGGAUAGGUAUUCUGGGUAUAAUCAGAUUCCACGCUGCAUGAUAGCUAUCUUCUCAGAUAUGAUUGAGAAAUUCAUCGAGGUAUUCAUGAACGACUUCUCAGUGUUCGAGUCUUCGUUUGAUGAGUGCUUGGAGCAUUUGAGUCUUGUGCUACAGCGGUGUACAGAGACUAACUUGGAAUCCACAUUUGAGUUCAUGGAUGAGUGUCUGCUGGUUUUUAACACCUUGAAGGAGAAGUUGAUUUCAGCACCCGUGAUCAUUACACCGGAUUGGAAUCUGCCAUUUGAAUUAAUGUGCAACGCCAGUGAUUUUGCUGUUGGGACCGUCUUGGGACAACGAAGAAAUAAGAUAUUUUACGUGAUUUACUAUGCAAAGUUUGAGUUGGAAAUCAGGGAUAAGAAGGGCAGUGAAAACGUGGUGGCAGACCACUUAUCUCGACUCGAGGCCACAGAACAGACAGAGACAGUGGAAAUCAACGAAGUCUUCCCAGAUGAACAGAUUUUUGGUAUGGAAGAGGCACCCUUGUAUGCGGACAUAGUUAACUACUUGGCCAGGCGGGGGGCUGAUCAAAUUGUUCGUCGCUACGUACCUGAGGAAGAGGUGCCUUUGAUAUUAGAACAUUGUCAUUCAUCUACAUAUGCAGGACAUUUUGGUACUUCGAAAAUAGCGACGAAGAUCAUUCAAUCAGGUUUUUAUUGGCCUACACUAUUUAAGGAUGCUUCUGAAUUCGUGAAAAGGUGUGACCGAUGUCAACGCACCGGUAAUAUAUUCAGGAGAAAUGAAAUGCCUUUAAACAAUAUCCUGGAGGUGGAACUAUUCGACGUCUGGGGGAUCGACUUCAUGGGGUCAUUUCCCCCAUCCUUCUCUAAUCAGUACAUAUUAGUGGCUGUGGAUUACAUAUCGAAGUGGUUUGAACAAUUGUUGGCUAAAUAUGAUGUUAAACAUCGUGUAGCCACUGUAUAUCAUCCCCAAACUAGCGGCCAGGUCGAAGUGUCCAAUAAACAAUUGAAGCGAAUACUCGAAGUCACAGCUGAGGGUGAAAAACGUCUCCUACAACUUAAUGAGUUGGAUGAGCUCAGAAUGAAAGCUUACGAGAAUUCAAGAAUCUACAAAGAGCGCACCAAGAAAUGA